GAACACUCUCCUCCUUACCUUUUGUAAACACCAAUUUUAUUUGCAUUUCCAAACACAACAGCAACGAAAUCUCUUUUUAAGGAAAAAAAUUACUAUGGCUUAUGUCCUCAAGACACAACAGGACCUCGAACUCUCCGGAAAGAAACGAAACGACCGAGAUGAUGAAGAUGGAGACGCCAUGGUUUCAAAGAAAUCUUCACUGACUCCCACUCAAGCGGAUCCUGCAGCAGCACUGGCAUGCAUCCGACACGAAUUUGGGGAGCACGGCGGAGUGAACAUGUCAAUCGAGGCCUCCGCCACUUUCACCGUCAUGGAACCAGAUACCAUGAGACGUAUAUUUUCCGGAGAACUGGGACCGGAAAAUGACUUCUUCGUUUACAGCCGACACUUUAACCCCACCGUCCUCAACCUCAGCCGCCAGAUGGCUGCUCUCGAAGGCACACAAGCCGCCUACUGUACCUCAAGCGGUAUGUCGGCGAUCUCGUCGGUGUUGCUGCAACUAUGCAGCAGUGGGGGACACGUGGUUGCUUCAAAGACACUCUACGGAGGAACACAUGCUUUGCUCUCUCAUUUCUUGCCACGAACUUGCAACAUAACCACGUCCUUUGUCGACAUAACGGACCACUCCGCGGUAGCAGACGCGAUCGUCGAGGGUAAGACACAGGUCCUCUAUUUUGAGUCGAUGGCCAACCCAACGCUGACUGUGGCCGACACACCUGAGCUGAGUCGUAUGGCACACGAGAAAGGCGUGACGGUGGUGGUGGACAACACAUUCACCCCCAUGGUGUUAUCUCCAGCCAAGUUUGGAGCAGAUGUGGUGGUUCACAGUAUCUCAAAGUUCAUUAGUGGUGGGGCAGACAUCAUCGCAGGGGCCGUGUGUGGGAGCGAGAAGCUGGUGAAAGGGAUGAUGGAUCUGCGUGGUGGGUCUCUAAUGCUGUUGGGUCCCACAAUGAACGCCAAGGUGGCCUUUGAGCUCUCCGAGCGGAUCCCUCACUUGGGCCUCCGCAUGAAAGAGCACAGCCGUAGGGCCCAAGUUUAUGCAGAGAGAAUGAGGGAGUUGGGAAUGAAAGUGAUAUACCCUGGCCUCAAGGACCACCCGCAUCACAAGCUGGCCACAAAAAUGGUGAACCGAGAAUACGGAUACGGAGGGUUGUUGUCAAUAGACAUGGAGACGGAGGAAAGAGCCAACAAGCUCAUGACGUAUCUUCAAAACGCCACCCAGUUCGGACUCAUUGCCGUCAGUUUGGGUUACUACGAGACACUCAUGUCCUGCUCUGGUAGCAGCACCAGCAGCGAGCUCGACUCCUCUCAAAAGGCAGCCGCAGGUAUAUCUCCUGGCCUUGUACGAAUGUCUGUGGGCUAUGCGGGUACAUUGGAGCAGAAGUGGACACAAUUCGAGAAGGCUUUCCUGAGAAUGUAAUGCCGUCUAUAUUGUAUAAUGUGGCCAAUAUUCUGUCUCUAAUUUGUAAGCUCACAAUGUUUCAUAUAUGCAUUUGGAUCUUUAAUUUUUGGCAUAUUUACAUACUCAAAUUUUUGGUUUGAAACCUCAACUUAAAUAUUUU